GCCUUUGAACAAAGGCUUACCCUACAAGACCAUAAGCAAUAGUGUUUGCUUUUCAGUGUUCUAUAUAUGCGGCUCCCAUGUGACACUAUUUAAAGGCCAGCAGUGAUGGAAUUAGCAAUCAGGCAGGAAGAUGCUCACAAAUUGGCUGUAAUUGGGAAAACACGACUGCAGUGAAGUCUACCCUACAUUUUCUCAUACAAUCAAACAGAACCCUUCCCUUCUCAGAAAUCUCCCAGAGGGAGCCAUUGAAUUCCACCCAUUUUUUGAGAGAUAAAUAAUUAUUAAAUCACCAAGACGAAUCGUGUGCUCUACAUAAGAGUAGAAAUAUACAAGAACUGUCAUGAAAUGCUGGACAACUGGGAUAAAAAACUUACCAGAUGAAUUGUGUAAUUUGACUGAAUUAAGAGAGCUUGACAUAUCGUACAAUGCACUAACAUCCAUUCCAGCCAACAUUGGAGAAAUGAAGAAUUUGGAAAGGCUUGUAGCUGCAUAUAAUAAAAUAACCUAUCUCCCCAAAUCCUUAACAACACUUACCAAUCUGCUAUCCAUUAACUUAAGAGGAAAUGCAUUAACUUCAUUACCAACUAAUUUUGGACAACUGCAGUCUUUGAAAGAAAUAGAUUUGAAUGAAAACCCACUAGUAAGACCUCCAAAGAUAGUAUGUGAAGGAGGAACACUCACACCAAUUGUACAAUAUUUGAAAUAUGCAUAUGAAAAGGAUAAAAAGUUUCUGAAGAAAGUUUUACAAUUAAUACCAAAUCAUGUCUCUCCUGAAGAUUUUGGAUAUUUCUGUGCAAAGCUCCAUCUACCUGCUAGUGACAUUAUUGCUCUUGAAAAAUCAAGGUUAGAAUUAAAAGAGAAAAUAAAGGAAGCUCUACAAUGGUGGGAAAAUAAUCGUGCAAGUACACUAGAACCUGCUGAGGCUUUAGACGAGUUAAUUCGAAUACUAUAUAAAGCGGACUUGUAUGGAAUAACUUCUAUAAUCAAAUCCUUAAGAAUGUAUGAACAUGCUAUCAGAUUUUAAAUUUGUUUCACGCCUGUGAUGAUUCCAUUAUAACUGUGGAAAAAAAUGUUUUUGUCUGGAUAUCAA